GUACCUGCGCGACCAAUGAGGAGAGCGUAUUUUAGGAGUCGAAGCGGAGGCUGCUUGUGCUUGUUGUCGAUGCCGGAGGCUGAAGGGACCUCUUGGGCUGACUGAGGUUCAUAAGAAUUUUGUGGAGAAGCUACUGAUGUGAUGUACAAGAGCUAAACAAUGGCAACUAACGACAGUGUUGGCAUACUGAGCUCUGCUUACCUGGCUGUGGAAUAUAUUGAUUCUUUCUUACCUGAGAACCCUCUACAGCAACCAUUUAAAAAUGCUUGGGUUUAUAUGUUGAAUAACUACACAAAAUUCCAGAUCGCAACCUGGGGAUCACUUCUCAUGCAUGAACUUUCCUAUUUUUUAAUAUGUUUGCCUGGAUUUGUAUUUCAGUUUAUACCUUAUAUGCAAAGGUAUAAAAUACAACAGGAUAAACCAGAGUCAUGGGAAAGGCAAUGGAAGUGUUUCAAAACAUUGAUGUUCAAUCAUUUCUGUAUACAAUUGCCGCUAAUAUGUGGCACUUAUUAUUUCACAGAAUAUUUCAAUAUUCCAUAUGAUUGGGAAAGCAUGCCAAGAUGGUAUGUGGUACUUGCCCAGUGUUUGGGAUGUGCUGUGAUUGAAGAUGCCUGGCAUUAUUUCCUUCACAGACUCUUACAUCACAAGAAGAUAUAUAAGUACAUCCACAAAGUGCAUCAUGAGUUUGUUGCUCCAUUUGGAAUGCAGGCUGAAUAUGCGCAUCCUCUAGAAACACUUAUUCUUGGGACUGGAUUUUUCAUUGGAAUAAUAGUCUUCUGCAAUCAUCUGAUUCUUUUGUGGGCUUGGGUAAUUUGUCGCUUGAUGGAGACCAUUGAUGUCCACAGUGGCUAUGACAUUCCUUUGAAUCCUUUGCAUUUGGUGCCUUUCUAUGCUGGGGCUCGCUUUCACGAUUUCCACCAUAUGAACUUCAUCGGCAAUUAUGCAUCAACCUUCACUUGGUGGGACAAACUCUUUGGUACAGACUCACAAUACAAUUCUUACAGAGAAAAAAUAAAAGAGCAGGAAGACACAGCAGAAAAGAAGAACAAAUAAAUUUCCUAUUAGAAACGAAAGGAGAACAUCUGCAAGAUGCAAAUUGCUGCCUCUAUGGUUUUGGUUGAACGUGGGAGUUCUAACAUAUCACAAUCCAAAGCAAAAUAAUUGCUUUUAAUAGAAGACUAAGAUCAAGCUGCCUAACUUUGGUUGGAUAGUAGGCUGAACUAUUCGUUUCUGCAUCUCCCUAACAGGAGAACAUUUUCUAUUUUAUAAAUAAGUAAAGCAUAUAUAUUUCAGUAAAAAGAGAACAAAACAAAGGCCAUACAUUUGGAAGUUUAUAAGAAACUGUGUGUCAGAGUUGAAUAGAAUUAUUAUAAAUCUUUCAGAUAUAAAUGUUAAACUGAUUUUAAAAUUUUGAUUUGUUUGGCCAGUUUUCUAAUCCACAAGUUACUAUGAGAAGCACUCAUGGGAAUAGAAAUACUGCAAGAAAGAAGUUCUGACAGAUAAUUUGCAUAUAGUAAUUUAACAGAGCUUGCUGUUAAAUUUUUUUAGAUUGAAAAUCUAAAUCUAAUCUGCUGGAAAGAGACUUUCUAUUCUGUUUUACUGAAUGUUCUGUCAGUGUCGUUAGUGUUAUUCAUAACUUUGCAAACUACUGAAUGGUUGCUACAUUUUGCACUUGUGAUUGGCAAAAAAAAUGUAGAAAUGGUUUUGCUUUUUUCAUGUUUAUCAUGCAACAAAUAAAAUGAUACUGGGGUUUAAAA